AUGCAGGUAGCUCAAAUGGGUUAUGGGCUUACAGUUCAUAUGGUAAGAGAGCUAGCUUGGCAAGUUGCUGUAGAAAAUAACUUACCAAUACCAGAAAAUUGGAAAAAGGAAUGCAAAGCCGGAAUAGAUUGGUUUCACGGCUUUAAAAAACGUCAUCCAGUUAUUUCAAUAAGAGUGCCAGAAGCUUGUAGUAUUGCAAGGGCAAUGGCUUUCAAUAAGACUAACGUUGAAAUAUUCUUCAACAAAUUAGAAGAAGUACUUUUAAGGAGUGAUUCAUUCAAGAAUGGAUCUCGAAUUUAUAAUUUGGAUGAAACGUGCACUUCAACUGUCCAAAAUCAGAGAAAAAUCGUCUCACCAAAGGGUGUAAAACAAGUUCAUCAAAUAAAGGGCGCAGAGAGAGGGACAUCUGUUACUACAUGCGUUAUUAUUGGUGCUUUCGGUGUUGUUUUACCUCCUGUGCUUAUAUUUCCUCGAAAGAAACGUAUACCAGACUUAAUGAUAAACGCUUUUCCUGGAUCUCUUGGAUUAGGAAAUGAAAAGGGGUACAUGACAAAAGAAUCAUUUUUCCAUGUUAUGGAGCACUUCAUCAAUUGCACUAAAUCAUCUAAGCAAAAUCCUACUCUUUUAUUGUUGGAUAACGUGGAAACUCAUUUUUCUACAAAGACUUUAAAUCUUGCAAAAGAAAAUGGCGUGGUAAUAUUUACUUUUCCUCCUCACUGCACUCACAGACUUCAGCCUCUAGAUGUGGGAAUCUUUGGUCCAUUUAAGGUUCAUUAUGAUAACGCUAUUAAUUCAUAUCUUAUGAAUAAUCCUGCUAGUCCUCCUACAUUAUAUCGCAUAGCUGGUUUUGUCAAAGAGGCACUCUGCAAAGCAGUAACUCCUCAUAAUAUCAUAAAGAGUUUUGAAACAACUGGAAUCUUCCCAUUCAAUAGGAAUGUAUUUCAAGAAUCUCAUUUUAUCAUGGCUAGUGUAACAGAAAAGCCUGAUUCUUCUAAGGCAGAUUCCAUUUCCUCUCCUGAAAUAAUGACACCUACUAACAUUCUUGUUGAUAUCACUGAAGAAGGAAUCAACACAAAUAAAUUUGAUAUCAAUGUUAAUCAGAUAUUCGAGGUUUACCAAAAGCAAAACAGCAAGAAAAUAAGCGAAGGAAUAAACGAAAAGGAAGAUGCAUGA